AUGGUCCGACUCGCUGUCUUGGCUACCAUCAUGGCUGCUGCCACCUCCGUCCAGGGUGCUACCUGGUGCCAGUGCCUCUGGCCCGACAGGUCCCACUGCUGUGUUGCCAGUGGAGCCGGCAGCUGCCAGGAGAAGUGCCAGAAUGCCAAGCAGGCUAUCUUUGAUGGGUCUCCCUUUCCCAAAAACCGGCCUUGCAAUGCUGGAGGUCUUGGGUUCGGCAUCAGCCCAAUCACUGCCCAAGGCCGCGCUCAGUGCGAUACCAGAACCUCCUAA